AGAUGAUAGCCAGCAGGAAAACUCCCGACAAUGAUUAAUUACUCAGGGCAGGGAGCUCCAAAGUAUCAAAAGAUAAAGUCCAACAUGGCCCCGAUUUCCACGGUCCAUUGCUCUUGCUCUUCAAUUGCUGGGUCUAGGUCUCUGAGGCGACCAUCUUCUCCACCCGUUCCAUCACCGUCACCAUGGCCGCCACUGUUCCUCUCAGCCAAGGGGUCGGGUACGGCAUCGUACUCGGCCUUGGUUUUGCUUUUGCCCUAGGCAUGAUCCUCGUGACCUUUAUCCUCCGCCGAUAUAACUCAGAGCUCCAAACUUCAGAAAUGUUUACCACGGCAGGGCGUACCGUAAAGUCCGGCCUCGUCGGCGCCGCCGUUGUCUCCUCCUGGACGUGGGCAGCCACGCUCUUGCAGUCAUCCGCCGUCUGCUAUCGCUACGGCGUCAGCGGGCCGUUCUGGUACGCCUCGGGCGCCACCGUGCAGAUCCUCCUCUUCGCGACCCUGGCCAUCGAGCUGAAGCGCCGGGCUCCCAACGCCCACACCUACCUCGAGGUCAUCCGCGCCCGCUACGGAACAGUCGCCCAUCUCGUCUUCAUGGUCUUUGGACUGGCCACCAACAUCCUCGUCUCCCUCAUGCUGAUCGUUGGGGGGUCGGCGACGGUCUCUGCCCUCACGGGGAUGCACACCAUCGCUGCGAUAUAUCUUCUCCCUCUCGGCGUGGUGCUGUAUACCCUCGUGGGCGGACUGAAGGCCACCUUUCUUACGGAUUGGGUGCAUACCUUCAUCCUCUUAAUCAUCAUCAUCCUCUUCUCCCUCACUACCUACGCCUCUUCCGACACGCUGGGGUCACCCUCUGCCGUGUACGACGCCCUAGCAAAGGCUGCCCAGAGUCAUCCUGUAGAGGGAAACGCCGAGGGGAGCUACCUCACCAUGCGGUCUCGCGAAGGUGCCGUCUUCUUCGUCAUAAACAUCGUGGGCAACUUCGGAACCGUGUUCCUUGACAAUGGGUAUUACAACAAGGCCAUUGCGGCGUCGCCCGUGCAUGCCUUGCCCGGCUACCUGCUCGGUGGGCUCUGCUGGUUCGCCAUCCCGUGGUUAACAGCGACAACCAUGGGCCUGACGGCCCUAUCGUUGGAGAACACCCCGGCCUUCCCCACCUACCCAAACCGGAUGCCAGACGAAGCAGUGAGCGCAGGCCUCGUACUCCCCUACGCGGCGGUCGCCCUCCUAGGCAAAGGCGGCGCGGUAGCCACCCUCCUGAUUGUGUUCAUGGCCGUGACAAGCGCCACAUCGGCGGAGCUGAUCGCCGUAUCCUCGAUCCUGACGUACGACUUCUACCGCACCUACUUCAAGCCCAACGCCUCGGGCAAGCGCCUGAUCUACACCUCCCACUGCGCCGUCGUUGCCUACGCGCUCUUCAUCUCGACCUUCUCGGUCGGCCUGUGGUACGCGGGCAUCUCGAUGGGCUAUCUGUACCUCAUGAUGGGCUGCGUCAUCUCGUCGGCCGUCAUCCCCGCCGCGCUGACGCUGACCUGGUCCGCGCAGAACAAGUGGGCCGCCGCGCUGUCGCCCAUUCUCGGACUGGGGGUCGCGCUCGUGGCGUGGCUCGUGACGGCCAAGAGGGAGUGCGGCAGCCUCGACGUGGCGUGCACGGGGUCCAACUACCCGAUGCUGGCGGGUAACGUGGCGGCGCUGCUGUCGCCUGUCGUGUUCGUGCCUGUGCUGACGUACGCGUUUGGGCCGCAGAACUACGAUUGGAAGAGCAUGAUGGAGAUCCGAAAGGGAGAUGAUCAUGAUGUUGCGGCGGAGGCAGAUGUGGAGCUCGAGAACACGCUUGGGGGUGCGGUUGAGACGGAGGAGGAGUUCCAGGUCGAGCAGCGGAAGUUGCUAAGGGCGGGAAUGAUCAGCAAGUGGGCGACGGUUGUCAUGACCCUGGCAUUCCUCGUUCUGUGGCCGAUGCCCAUGUACGGGUCGGGCUACAUCUUCUCGAAGCCCUUCUUCACCGGCUGGGUUGUCGUCGGCAUCAUCUGGAUAUUCUGCUCUUUCUUCGGCGUCGGUCUCUUCCCCAUUUUCGAAGGGCGCCAUACUAUUGCGCGGACCGUCCGGUUUAUCUAUCUGGACAUCACGGGCAAGAAGUCCUUCAGGACCAGUCACCGGAAGGGUCCGGAUACGGAUCAGACGGUGAUACAGGGGGAGAAAGGCGUGGACGGGAGCGGCGCGGUCACUCCGCGGGAGACUAGCGUGGCUGAGCCUACCAAGGAGAAGGACUAGACCCUUCGAUUUCUAGAGACUGGGUUGGAAUUUGAAGAUGUACGAAUGCUCUACGUAGUUGUGUUACUUGAUAUACCUUCACGCUCACUCGACUCAGCUUUGCAUGGAUGUUUGGUCAUGAUCAUCUGGCAGGACGGAUACAUAUAAUGGGCAUUCGCUUGUAGCUACUAGAAGAAGAGGCUAUAUAGUAUUGCGGAACAAAAACCCAGUUUCCAAACUAACAAUCCUUGGUAGUAUAAUAACUAAUAUAGC